AUGGCAGACACUUCUGCUCGUCGGUCUUCCCGGGCGCGAACCACUCAACCGCCACAACUACCUUCCGCCCCAUCCAGUGUCACGGGGCGCACCGAGCGACCAUCUCGAGCACACGCAAAGGCCGGCUCUCCCCAAAAGUCGACGGGCAGCGGAUCGCUCUCCUCGGAGCCCCCCGAGGACUCGACGGCCACCACGGCCAGCAGCGACGACAACCCACAUCUCCGCCGGCGGAGCACUCGCAACCGAGACGACGACCGCGAGAAAGAAACGAAGCAGGACAUGCACGAAAUGGCCAUCGUGAGCGACGAGAACGAGAUACAAGAGGACGACGAGGCCGUCCGCUGCGUCUGUGGCUUUGACGACUACCCGGGCCUCCCGCCGCUCGACGAAGACACCAAGAAGCUUGCCCUCAAAGAUGCCAUUGAUAUCGAGCAGAUAUUCUCAAUCGAGCUCACGGACGACCUGGCCGGCUUCUUCGUCCAGUGCGACGUGUGCAAGGUAUGGGAGCACGGCCUCUGCAUGGGCAUCGUCAACGAGUACCUCCUACCGGACGACUACUACUGCGAACUAUGCCGGAAAGACCUGCACAAGACUUAUGCCGCCAGUAAUGGGCAAAAAUACUCCAUUUACCUACCCCUCCACCGACCGUCCAGGGCAACUUCGAGGGCCACAUCUGCCACCAAAGAGGGCGCACACUCGCCAAAGGCCAGCGAUCGUAAAAGUUCCAGAGCCGCCGCUGCUGCUGCUGCAGCAAGUAUGGCUAAACGUAGGUCAACCAUGAACAGCCGCGACGCUGCCUAUGACGAGGAGCAACUCAGAAAAGCAAUUGAGAUAAGCAAGGAAGAAGAAACCAACCCAGACGACGAGGACGAUGAAGACGCACAGCCGAGGAGACUAAAGCGGGGCAGGGACGAUGACGAUGAAGAACCUGAGAUCAAGCGUCAGAGGACCAACUCGAGGUCACCGUCGCCAGGAGACGAGGCCAUCGAUAGCAAAGAAGGAUCCGAGGACGAGUCUGUCGGUCGCAACGGCAAGAAAUCGUCCCGGAAUAUAGCCCGGUCUCAGCGCGAGAAGACCGAGCGCGAGGAACGCCGGGAGGAGCAAGAACGCAAACGACAAGAGGCCGCCAACAAGCGUCAAGGUCGUGCGGCCCGCCGAAGAGCCGACGAAUCUGAUCCGUCAGAAGAAACACCAGUAACAAGCCGUACUGCGGUCAGCCGUAUGGUAAAUGCUGAUUUGACGCACCCACCGGAUCCUCCACCCUCGUCCCAGCCUGUGCCAGACACACCGCCUGCCGACCAGGUACCGGCGAGCACAAACAAGAAGAAGACGGGUGUGCAUCCCAAGAAGAAAGGAAGGAACCAAUACACCAAGGAUCGUGAUAAUCAUUUGAAUGACGACAUGCCAGCACGGUCCAUGUCAAGAGACAUAGCUCGCGAUAAAGACGAAACGCAUCCGAAAUCUAACCAUGAGGGAGUACCAAAACACCACAGAUCAAAGGGAGCGCUGAACUCUAGGAUUACCAUGACGGAUCUGAAGAGGCGUGCCAACAACCUGAUGGAGUUCAUCACCCGCACACAGGUGGAACUGGCUAACGAUCCCCUUUCUGAGCGAAACAGCCCCCGUCAACCUGCUAGCGAGGACGGUCAAGCUCAAUCGCCUGCGCUGCGGCCAAAUGGAAGUAUUGGCAAGGUCCUAGCUGAGCGCGCAGUAGCGGCAACCAACGGGGCAGCUACGCCACCGAUCAAAGACACCAAGGACUUCAGAGACAUGAAUUGUGUGGAGAUGAUGGACGCUCUCACAAGAGAUCUGGUAAAGUGGCAACAGGAAUUCGCGGCAUGA